GGCUAUACCUUGAUAAUAAUACAAAACCAUUUUCGUGUUCAGUUAAAAUACUCAUUAAAUACUUUAUGCAGGCUACAAUCAUCAUGCAAUAAAACUAUUAAUAAUUUCGUCAAAACUUUUAUUAUUUCAGUUUGCACAAAUCUUCCAAAAACAAUGGAGCUGUCAGCUGAUCAAUGUUUAUAUACUGAGCUCCCAUCCCUGAUGAUGUAUAUACGGGAUUGAGCGAAGAAUAGAUUGUAACUUGAUCCUUGUGUGGGGUUCAGUUGAAACUUAAACCUAGGCUUAAACCUAUAGCUGAGUAAAGUGAUUGGUUUCGAAUAUAUGCAGGGUAGUGAAUCAUACAAUAACUUAAGUGAGUCAGUAAACCUUUUUAAAAACGUACUGUCAGGGUAAAAUACAUCCUUAAUCCGCGUACAAACACUGUUCUUAAACCACUCCCUGAACAAGAGAUAUCAGUAGUUAGAGUUCCGAUUGAUUAACGAAAUUAUCCCGCUUCUAAAUCCAUCGGAGCGGAACCGAUAACUUCAUGAUUAAAGAAUGUAAAACCAAUGAAUGGAGAUUGAGGAUACAAUGAAAACUCCGAUGGAAUUAAAUCAGAAACCCCACGGUGGACGCUUAAUAUUGCAGGCUGCCAAGACUGGAGAUAUUCAAACCGUGAGAAGAAAAUUGAAACGUUCAAUAUUUAGAAAGAGUCUAGAUCUCAACUUACAGGAUGAACGUGAAUGUACUCCUCUCCACUAUGCCGCUAAGAGUUCUAACCUAGAGAUGGUUCGACUGCUUCUGGAGAACGGAGCUGAUCUUAGAGCUGCUGACCGACACGGCUGGAGCGUUCUUCACUACGCGGUCAGGUAUGGUCGGGAUGAGAUGGUUGAACUGCUCCUGAAUAAAGGAGCUGAUGUGAAUGUAAAGGAGAAGAGAGGGUGGAACCUUCUUCAUCUUGCUGCAAGGAACGGACAAGCCGAAAAAGCCCGUAUUUUGCUUGAAGCUGGGAUAGAUGUACAGGAACUUCAAAACCAGGGUUGGAACGCUCUUCACCUAGCAGUUAGGUAUGGUCAACCUGAUACUAUCAGUAGCCUACUGGAGUACGGUAUCAAUAUAGACGUAGAUAACCAGGGUUGGACUGCUCUCCAGCUGGCUGUACUCAACGGACACACGGAUAUAGUUUCAAUCCUUCUCAACAAGGGAGCUGAUACUAGCAUUGUUAACAGGGAGGGUAGAACAUCCCUGGAUAUUGCACGUGAGGAAGGAUUUGACCGAAUAGUUGCAUUGCUCUUGGAGAAAGAGUUCAAGGAUGGAUUCUCUAACCUUCCUUCUCCUCCCCCCACACCUCCUUCAGCUCCGGAGCUGGAACUGUUUGAAACCAACUCCGAGAUAUCAAUAGAGCGAAAAGACAGAGAGGAGACCGAGGAGAUGAAACCAAACUCAGUGAAUACCUUCGACAGAUGGAAGAUAAGGUUAAAGAAGGACCUGGAGAUGGUGAGCAAUGACGAUCUCUCCAAGGACUAUAUCGAGGAGGAGGAGGUUGACAAUGAGGUGAAUAUCGGCUGGAAAACAUUUGAUGAAGAAAAGCAAGAACUUCUUCAGCAGUUGGAGAAGGUUAAACUUAAGGAAAUUUUCAGGUUACAGGAUGAGAUACGAAAGAUGGAGAGUAGGAAGGAAGGAUAUUGUGAGAAGAAUGAAAGACAGAAAGCUUUGAUCGAAUCAGAAAUUGAAAACCUCAAAAAAUCGAUCGACAAUGCAGAGGAUAGUGCUAAACUACGUUACCAGAGUUUAAAGGAAGAUAUAACCCAACUAUCCGUCCUACUGGAGAACUCCAGGGUUGAGAAUGAACUGCUCCAAACCCUUCUCAACCAUCAGAUUAGACAUGAAUUCUGUCAAUCAACUUUAAGGAAGACGGAACUCAUUGAUCAAUUAAUUAAUGCACAGAAAGAGGAGAAGGAUGAACUGGAACAGUCGAAGCUUAUCAAAUACCAAGAGCUUGAAGCUAGUCACACCUUCUCUCAGGUUGAGACGGAGAAAAUUAAGAGAAAGAUUCGGAUCCUGGAGGAGGAAUUAGAGAUUCUAGACAUGGAGAAGGAUCGGAGAAAUAAAUCCUUCCGAGAAACUAUUGUCAAGCUCCGAGGUGACCUGGAGAAGGCACAACGGAGCUCAACUGCUCAACAGAAUGAGGAAGAUUGUAACCUGGCCUGCCCUGUUUGCCUAGAGCUUCUGAAACCCCCUUUAAGGAUAUUUCAAUGUCCCGAAGGCCAUAUUCUCUGUGAAAACUGUAAAGAGAACCCAGCGAUGGUUCACUGCCCACAGUGUAGAGUGCACCUGGAGUCUAACUGUAGCCGGAACCGAGCCCUGGAGGAAAUUGCGAGAACAUUCUUCACAUAAUCGGCGGCAUCAAAAUUUGCAUUAUUUCUUUGAUCUCAUCACUCAUGUAAACAAAAAUACUCAGUUUCGUCAAUAAAUAGUUACCAUACUUAUG